GAAAGAACAGAAUGCAGAGAAAUAGUGCAAAAUUCCUUUACGAAGUGAACUUAAAAUGGUGACUUAAGGUUGUAGAGUUCUUUACACAGAACUACAGCAUUUGAUUCGCAAAACUAACGAGGAAAAAUGCGCAUAAAAUUUGAUUUACAMUUCAAGCAAGAUGGCGAGAGCUUCGUCUGGCCUCCGACAGAGACACUCUGUUGCGCAAAUUUGAUGUUUUGAUCACCUAAUUACAGUUUUAGGCUUCAUUUAAGUCCCAAGACUUUGUUAAAGUGACAUUCAAGAUGUUGGAGACGUAUAUAACGCCUUUGUUAAUGAGCUAUGUCGACAARUACAUCAAAAACCUCAAACCUUCUGACCUUAGUUUGUCAAUAUGGGGUGGYGAUGUUGUUCUUUACAACUUAGAACUGCGACUUGACGUCUUGGAAAAGGAGCUUCACCUGCCAAUCACUUUCCUUAGUGGAAAAAUUCACAAGCUACAAAUCCAUGUACCUUGGACAAAACUUGUAUCAGAACCAGUUGAAAUAACCAUCAAUACSAUUGAAUGUGUCAUUCAACUAAAGGACCCUUCAUUUAAACAAGAAACAGAUACUUCAAUGCACUUGACUGCAUCRGAGGUCCAAAAGGAACUGGACAAGGAAAAUCUUCACGAYAGAGGAGAACCUCCACCGGCAGGAUAUGUCCAAAGUUUAGUCAACAGAGUGGCUAAUAACAUCUCAAUUUGURUGCAUAAUGUYGUUUUGAAGUAUGUCGAAGAUGACAUUGUACUCUCUGUUAAUGUGAAGUCAGCUGAGACAUUUAGUGUCAAUAGUGACUGGAAAAAAGCCUUUGUAGACAUUGUUGCGCCUGAUUAUGUUCUACACAAGGUCUGUAACAUAUCUGAUUUGACCAUAUGCCUGGACAAGAAGAGUACYAGUGGUGGUAUCGAAAUGUAUCAGGACCCAUUGCUGUUYAAGUGUGGGUUAAGCUGCAGAGUUAAAAUAAACUAUGACGCACACUUACGUCCCAAAGGGAUCAAGCUUAACCUKUACUGCGAGUGUUUUGAUUUAUCACUAACMAAYGAACAGAUUCCUUUAUUUGUUAGAUYAUUAAAACUUUGCAUAUCAAUGUAUUACGGCACCCUGGACCUUCCUGGCUGUGACUACAAACCACACCCUGCCGCUAAACUGAUUGACAGCAACCAAGCGCAGUCCAGGAAAUCAAGUAUUUCAAGCCUGGAGCAAAAACCUGAACUAGUUGAUCCAGCAUCUUCUCCAGUGGCAGCRGMAGUUCCACAAGAGGACUGGGUCAGYUGGAUGUGGUCCUUUAUYCCRGAGGCUGAAGCAGAAGAGUCUUCAGAAGAACCAAAGCUCCUUGCACCUGAUGUCCAGGUCAAUAUAGGUCUCUACAUAUCUCAAGUUAGCUUCACUGUAAAGCUUACACAUAAAGUUAGUGAAAGCACUUUUUUUGGAGCUCAAAGGUUUCAAUUCCGACCACUAAUAAGUUGUGAGAUGUCAGGUGUUGCCGUGGAGAUGGUGUUGAAGGGAGAAGAAUUUUUUGAUGCUCAACUUGGUGUCACGUCMAUCAUGGGUUGGACUAUUGGUGAUUGUGCGUGUUACCAUGGCAAUGACCUUGACAUUAGAUCCAUWGAGGAAGAAGAAGAAUUGGAUGAAAAAGAGGAAGAAUUUCUUACAGUCAGUGCACCAGAGCAAACAACUUCAGAACCUCAAGGAUUUUUAAUCGGAUCCUUGUUCUACGAAAGUGAAAAUACUUCCUUUAAACUCCCAGAGCUGGUAUAUGAAGCCARUUCAUUUCUUGAACAAUAUUCAGAAUCUUUUGCCGUCAAACGSUUUGGUGCUUUUUUCUUUGAUUAYUUGUACACAAUGGAGAUUGAACCWGAAAAGGAGAAGACUGAAGARGGAGAGACAAUWGGCUUGGACUAYCUUGGUAAUAUAAGGCUUGUAAGGGAGGUGUCACACAAGAGRAUCAUUCUUGGUGCAACUCAUGUUCAAGUGACUACUGGUUUGUUACAUAGAAUGAUGAAGAUCUAUGAGUGUUCAUUUGAUGAUGCACCAGAAAGGAAAGUAAAAGAUGCUCCGUUUUAUGAUGAGUUUGUUGAGAAGCAGCUUCUUGCUGGAAACAUUCCCUGUCGCUAUUUCACCAUUACUAUGUUGUCUGUCAAACUAAGCRUCCCACCGUCAGACCAUGCUGAGCCAAGCAUUGCAUUACAAUCUGCUGGCCGCUCUCCAGAGAGUGCCGCAAGUCUGCAAAGUAUUCAUGAAUUGAGUAAGAUGAACUCUUCUGACUCCAUGCCAGCCUUAGUCUUUACUCUCGAUAGAAUGGAAAUUCAAAGAAACAACCCAAUGUAUCCCACAGAGCUUUGCAAGCUCAUCAUUGCCAAUGCAGACUUUCCAGCYGGCAAAUCUAUGAUACACCAUGCAUUCAACAAUGCCAUUAUUGAAAUAUUCAAUACACAAGUAAAUUUAUCACAUAAUGUGUCUGGAUGUAAAGACAUUAAUGUAAUGCCGCCAACUAGCAUGAUAUUAUCACUAAWGGAGUGUAUAUURCCMAACAACUGGGGUAAUGAAAGCAUUAAGAGAAUGGAAGCACAUCUGGAAGUACCAUCAUUAGUUUUCCACUUCACUAAACCACAGCUACUAGUUAUGCAUCAUCUGGUUUCUUCCUGGUCAGCUACUCUUCUACAGAAGAAAGACAUUCCUGUUUUAUCGACAUCAAUGAUAAACAAAGUUUUUGACAAAGAUGUUCACAGUAGUUCAUCAUCUCAUCUUGAUAUCAGCAUUACAAAUAUUGAUAUCCAAUAUUGUACAACAUCCCUUGUAAUGGCCGCUGCAUGCUCCAUGGGUGCCUUACGUUUAGCAUUGACUACAGCUAAGGAUAAUGAUGUUACCACAACAUACCUAAUGCAGGGUCCAUGUGAUACUGGGACUAUAUAUAGUGGGRCAUUAUUYAGUGGUGGAAUGCCAAAAGAGGAYCAAYURAGUAUCGUGGGGCCAGUKCUAAGCCUUUCUUUUCAGAUGACUUUAAAAUCGGAUCAACAGGACUUGAAKAGCAGUAUUAGUGUACCACAGACAACAAAGAUGUCCAAUGCCUUCCUGCUUCAUGUUAAAGGCAUAGCUGUCUGUCUAGAUCCYUUGYUGUAUUCCUGGUUGGACAGUCAACAGGACAUAACCUCACCAUCCUCAACAAAUGUUAAAAGUGAACRGGAKAGGAAAAGGAGAAGAGUUUCKUUAACUCGUACUUCAUCAAUUGGGACACCAAGAAAGAAAAGCUUUGCUAGAGUUUGUGGACCAACCACCCCACAAAAGGAGAAGAAAAGUCCAGAAGACAAAUCAAGCAGCAAGGAUGCUGAUAGUUCAUUUGGUAACCAAGGUUACACACUAGAAACCUGGCUCUUUGAUAAACUACCUUUGAUUACAACCUUUGCCGUUCAGGUUGAUGUAAAAAGUGUGACACUUUUCACYCCAGAAAGACACAUUCCUUUUGAUCCCCAAGCACAGUCCAUYCCCCAAAACCUCACUCUUCAAAGGCUCAAAGCCAARGACACCACAUCUUUCCCUUCAACUCUAGUACURUGUCUGCCAUCACUGGARUUAAAYAGCUCACAUCACAACAAAGUCUCAUUUAGACCAAAACUACCAGUUAACCUUCAAAAAAACAGCUCAAAAGACCACUUAAAGAGCGACACUUUGCCAUGGACACUAAACGCCAACAACAUGGCRGUUUACUCUAUYCACGGCACUGAACAGGACUCUGUAUACUACAUGAUAUCUCCAGUUUCUUGUACAGCAGUCUUGGCCUCAGCGCAGACGUCRAGUGUGACAUCACCUGUGACAUCAUCAUUACAUCACAACAUACCCCGUACUCAUAAGACAGGAAGUGAGAGCCACAGGGUUCCCACUCUUGGUUUUUGUGUGCAUACUGAUUUCACACCAGUAGUGGUCAGCAGUUCACGUAAACAAAUAACUCUCCUAGCAAAUAUCAUGGAGGUGUUUCUUCAUACAGUCAUUCCCUCCUCAUCUACUGAUCUCAGUACCUCUCCAUUCACACCUGCAAAGCAAGCACAUCCAACUUUACAGCGUACUACAUCAAUGACUUCAUCAUCAGCUGUAGACCAAGCAGAGAAAGAGAUUGAGUGUCAAAGUGAGUCUUCAUCGUCUUUCACAGAUGUCAAUCAGUUGGAUCAAGGUGUAAGGCUGUCUCUCUGGCUACAAUGGACAGUACCUCGCUUGGUUAUCAAACUAUUUGGUCAUCUUUCCAAGGAUAACAUACCAAUAUGCGUCACAACAGACCUUGAAGACUUGACAGCAUUUGUUGACUACCAGGACACACAUUUACAGAUGCAGUACAAAGUUGGAGCUUUUGGUGUCACUCACACAGUUAAAAGUGACUCUGAAUGGCAUCCUGGUCCAUAUGGUGGAAUAUUGUUYUCCUGUAAAGAUAUCCUAUCUUAUAAGACAUCACCACUAAUUGCAUCCCCUAGACUACCCCCCACAGGAACCUCUAGYGAYGGACCURUCAAUAACCCCCAUGGGUUCCUUACYAUUACCUACAACUGCCUGAACCUCCAUUUUAAACGUCGMCACUCWGACAGAACUAGAAGUGACUCCAUACCAAAUGAGUGYUUCAGACUACAGCAUGAAGUCCGYRUAGCAUGCCAACCAUUUGAUGUGGUUUUGUGGUCCCCAGUAAUGGUWGCUGCCAUUGAUGUCUUUGAUGCACGMCUUCUUGAYAAGUUCAAGUUUCUUUCUCAAGGGGAAUUCUCAAAAAAGCURAAACACACAARCAACACAGAGGAUACUGAGAAUGCUGUGAUUUCAGCAAGUCUUUUGCCUCUGCUCUUUGUUAAYAUGAGAGAAAUCAGGUUAUUUUUACCAUGUUCAAAUGUAACUUCAACUAAAGGGAGCCAAACAACUWUAUCACAAGACCUGAUUGUCAUCCAUCUSUCCAAAGUCUCAACCACAYCACAUCCUGACAAUCCAAUAGCUCGAAGUGUUUUGAGUAAAGAUUUGUAUGAGAAGUACGUAGGGUUUGGYCGUAGCUCCAGGCGYGCUCUGGGGUAUGAUUUACAUGAAGUGCAAUAYCARACUGACUUUAGUGGCUUUGGUAUUUGGGCUGCUAAAUGGAGUGAGUUAUGUGGUAAUCUAAGCCAGCAARRUAAAGAUAUUUUGGGUGGUGAUACKGUAAUGGAUCAGAAUCCUGCUUUAGARUGGAACACUCGUCUAUGGCAGUCAGCCAAAGAGGUCAACGUAUCUCUACUUUUGUCAGAGUCUGACUUCAAAAUAGUGUUAGCCCCAGCUGUUGCCAUGGAGAUGACCUUGCCUAAUUCCAAGGUCACCAAGAGCUUGCCAGUCUGUGGUUGGUCUUUGGAAAUGAAURUAGUGACAGAUGUUGAGUGUUAUCUUAACAAAACGCAGAUUCUACUGUUGCAGCUUCUUGCAAAGGAGAACAUUGAAAUGGUUUGCUCUUGUGAGCUAUUGUCGUCCCUCAGCCAAUCAAAUCCAAGCAGUUCUGAUGUCAGAAAACCCAUUCAUGAGGGAGAGGUCGCUGAUAGUGGACUAGGCAGUAGUCAACCCGAGCARGCCAAGAAACAUGCCACAGUGCCCUUUGAGGCAUUCUUUGCGGCCCGAAAGCUGUCAAUUAAAAUCUACACAAGACAUACUUCUCACCGACGUAAAAGUCUGCACAGUUCUCCAUUGUAUUCCAGGGAGGGGAGCCCUGGUCGUUUUUUGUCACUUCACAUCAAGCCUGUUUUGUUAGUAGACAUAGUUGAGCCAGCAGCAAUCUAUAAGGAUCAAGGUCAGGGUCCAAGCUUUCAGCUGUGGUGCUACGAUGCCAUUGUAAUUGGAUGUGAAGCAGGGAAAGGUUGGCUGCACAAGUCUCUUCCUGAAGCAUCAGACUUCAAUAUCAAGUGUUUUUCAACCAAUCCUGGUCUACCUGAUCCCAGCACUGGUGUUAAACCAUCUCUACUAACAGCAGGAAUACAACAUGGACAUGAUAAAGUUAACACCUUCAUUGAAGUUGGUCGUCAAAUCCAAUUGUCCUUCAGUCUUGACAUGAUAUCUGAGCUUGUUCAUCUGUUUGAUGACCUAAUUGUCACAUCAACGAACAAUGAUCAUAAAGAUACAGCAUCUGUUCCAGCGUCUGUUCCUGCAGGACCAAGCACAUUGCAUCACAUAGACAUCAAAACACAGGGCAUGUCACUGCAUGUAUCCAUGACAACAGAACAUGAUAGCUGUCAAAAACUAAUUGUUGCCAUGGCAAGAAACCAAAGUGAUAUGAUUAUUAAAACAUCAGUACAAGGCAAAUUUCCAAUGCUUACAUCCAAGUUAGAGUUUGAGGGUCUUGAGGUGUCUUUUGUCAUUACUGGUCAGCAGUAUUAYUUCAUCAAACCAUUUGCUGUCACRUGUGAUGCUGAAAUGGGUUCUUGGCAGAGCACACUAAUGCCGUUACCAACCAGUUUGCCUCCAAUUUGCAGCAAURUCAACAUUGGACUACUUCAAAUAGAUUUUGGUCAACAACAUUUACAAUUCAUCGCAGCAGCCUCAACAGCUGUACAAGGGUUUUUAWCUUCCGUCUUUGCUGAAAAUGACUCCAYRUCGACCUCAACAUGUGRCAACAUYUYACAWCMUACCMYAACUAGUAUGAAGAAUGAUGUCAGCCUUAGGGAAGAAGCCUGCUUAGACUUUGAAGUGGUUGAUGAAGAGAAACCUUUGAAGGAAAGKAAAGAUAGUUCUCAUGMUGCAGGAGUUGUGCAGUCAUGUGAUGACUUGAGGUCUGGACCWUUCAAGUAUGUCACUGUGUCAGGUACUACAGGUCUACAUCAUCCUGAACCAUAUGAGAUACUCUUUACCAGUGACACACGUGAUAAGCCACCAUCCAUGAUUUGGCGUUAUCCUGAACCACGUGCUCUGGCUGCAGUUCAAGUGCUUCCCCUUCCCUUUACGUCACCAGUGCUUGUGAACACUCUCAAUAUGGGGGACGAACUCAGGGUCAGUUAUCAAGUUUUGUUAUAUUUUAGUCAUUGAGAUAGAAUGGUUUGAACCCAGNCGUUACCAGACCCCUUGACCGCUGAUCCAUCAACUGUCAUUGUAUCAGAAGAAUGGCAGAUGAUUGUUGAUGCUUCAAUUGAUGUUGAACUUACUGAUGACCGUAGCUUACAUGAUGAAGAUGGAGGCUCUUCAUAUAGUAGUCCCUUUAGGUCACUCAUAAGUGCUACUUCACUGGCUGCGUCUGUUAAAGUAAACUCAGUUUACAGUCCGUCACUCAUUCCUGUGAUUUCUACACAAUUCUCCAUCAGUUUGCUUGAUAUAAAACUUCUUAGUCAUUCAGUUGGAGAGACACAAGUAUUACCAAAGUACCUACAAAACUACGCGAUAGAUCCGUCAGUCCCAACAGAGCAAGAAUUCCUGCAUUUGACCGUGGAAGGUUUGCGUGGUGUCGGUAAAUACAUUCAUGGUAAUCAGCCAGUAUCGUUGUGUCACGUGGAAUGGAACUGUUAUUGUGAAGUAUUAGACUUUGACGACCUCACCUACCAGUGUUUUCUUGAUCCAUUUGAUGCUAGUUGUGGUGUAACUUUGUUUCAUGGUGAAAUGGAAAUCACCAACAGCAAAACGUCUCAUCCACAUCAACCAGUUUGGCUGCAAGCAAGCAUUGCUAUCGGAGACAUCGAUAGCGUUAUCAGCCAAACAACAGUUCAUACAAUAGCUCAGGCUGUGAAUAGCUGGUCACGACCACUUAAUAAGCUAAAUGAGAAUGUGAUUUUUAACCAUUACAUUAUUUGUAAUGAUACUAAUGAAGAUAUACGGCUUGGGCAGGUUGAUACUGAUGAAGCUAUUCUACUUCCAAGCYGUCAUGUMUUACCUUACAGCUGGCGGAUCUCUAGACAUGUCAACCGUCAGUCCAAGAUGCAUAUGUGUUUUGAGAGCGAAGGUGAUUGGCGUUGGUCAGAGCCUUUUAACAUCGAUGUAAUUGGUGUCUGUACUCGUGUUAUACAUCAUAAACUACACAGYGCUAGUGUUGUAGUGGAUGUUGUACCAUUAUCUGGAGUGCAAAAACAGGUCAUAUUUCGUGGUGGUCUUCAAAUUACAAGCCGUCUUGCUGUCAAAACUGAUUUACAAAUCCUGAAGAACCCCUCACUCGCAUCAAUUAGUGCAGAAACGUCCACUUUGCAGGUUCAUGAAGACAUUUCAUUAUCACCCCACACCACCCUCCCAUCGUACGUMGUAUCUCAUGCAGGACUAGUUGGGAUACGUGUUCGAAUUCCUGGGACCUCAACCUGGUCAGACCCUCUGCCUUUAGAUCACUUGACCAAUGGCGAUAAUAAACAACAGAACUUGAUUGUUAAGCUGCUUGGCGUGAAAACCUUUAAAACAUUCUACCUAUGGUAUUGCCUAGAGAAGACGGUUUAUGAYCAGACUCAGAUUACUCUCUCUCCACUUUUUGUCAUGCGCAGUCACUUACCAGAUCCAGUUCUAAUGAACGUGUUCACUGCAAAGGCCAACACCACGAGUACACUCCAAGUACAUGGUAGAGGCCAGGAAGAGCAGGUACUUGAUUUAGAGCCAAAUUCCUGGCACCACCUAACAUUCCAGGUCAAUAGCCAGGGAGGGACUUCACAACCAUCGGUGCCACUGAACUCGACRCUCAUUGACUUGGUUAACAAAGUUAGUCCUGAUGAGUUUGAYGACGAGGGGACUUCGUUGGAGACUCUCUGGCCUUACUGUGUUGCUACAAAUCGAGAUGUCAAACCUACCACUGAAUCUUCUGUGACACCGUUACGUCACGUGAUCUCGUCUGUCACCAACAACCAGUCUGCAACUGAACAAAGCGAAGAAUGCAUUGAGAAAGAAGGUAUCAUUCCUUUUCCCGAUAUUGAGCUUCAAUGUCGMGUCAUUAAGAAGUGGAAUAAUCUAAGCACUCUUCUUAUCGAUGUGAUCCCAUGGUGUCUUGUUGUAAACAAGACCAUGGCUUCGCUAUACAUACGAGACAGAGAGAGCAACAUGGAGAUCGAGCUGCCAGCAAGCAAAACCAUUGCUCCUUACAAAUUUAAGGGCGAAGUCCAACUAGGCAUGCACGUGGCAGGAUCCAGCACYCUCUGUUGGUCCAAACCAAUAACAAUCACUUCCAAGGCAAAACCACUUCACGACKCUUCGAMUUUCGACUCAAAGMCACUAACAGAUGACGAUGUWAAACACGURACCAUUUCUAUCGUUUACGUCACGAAGUCUGACCAGCCAAUGGGUGUUCAGCUAACCAUGACGUCACAAUUACGUCAUGGUGUGUUAAUUGUGUCGUUYCAAGAGAAAUAUUCUAUUGUUAACUCAAGCGGUAGACCGCUGUUUGCAUUUACUGCACUCGCUGCUCAAGGGAAAAGAGUCCCUUCUGAAGCACUAACCGUAGCUAUGUCUGUACCUGCCAAUACAGACACCAAGACACCGGUAACCCUGUGGUAUAUCCCAUCAUCCUCGUCGGUCGUGUUGGACAAAGAGGGCGUGGCCACCAUUGACGAUACACUUACAGUUGUUAACUUURCACUAGACCAAGAACAMAKKAGAGACAAUCUSAAUACACCAGAUGGGUUCAGAUGGUCGUCAGCUUUCRUACUUGACCCUAAAGUAUCCCGGCAUGCACUGUCAGUUCUUGAUGGUAACGCAAGUAUACCGUUAGUGGUGACGUAUAAAGAAGUAUCAGGUGUUAUUCACAUUAUUAUAGCCRUUGAUCCUUCYCCGAGACUUGUUAUAUACAACGAYUGCCAAUUUACACUUCAAUUUGGACAGGCUGCUCCUCCGCAAAGCCCUUCUCAUCARAARGGAUCUGGGGAGAGACUCGUUGUCUUGGAGCAAAUGCAGCCUCUCUGUGACGUACCGGAAGUCCCUGCUCUCGGAAUGAUGCAUUAUGAACUUCCGGUGAUGAGGGAGUGGUUUCAGAGUGUCAAUCAARCACAAGWKAUCCCGGAUGUUCAUCUUCAAGCCAUGUACAAUGUCACUGUUGAUGAAAUUUCUGAAGAUUCUGAAGCCGCAGUCACUAUGGGUCAGAGCASUGAAGUUCCSCAGGGGUGGACCCACGGGYUUGAUAUCAACAAAGCUGGACAUUUUGUUGUYAAUCUACCAGGGAGGGGUAGGRUCAUAGUCUUUGUCUCCAAGUCAAGGCUGUGCACCWUUGUUCGAAUCAGUCCUUACGAUGAAGAUGGCGCACAAAUCGUCCMUGAUGUURAACCAAACCCAGURUCGCGAGCGUUYAAGUUUGUUUUCAGUGUAUCCAAACUAGAUAUCUGUUUARUGAAURCAAGAARUAGUGWUGGGAACCCUGUGGAAGUAUUAAGRUCCUCCUUAAAUAAUAUAACAAUCGCUCACGAGCCGAUAUCAGAGGAUGCUGUUUGURAAUUUUCUUUGAAACUGAACUCGUUCCAGCUUGACAACCAGCUGGAAGGUUGUGAGUUUCCCGUUGUACUGAUAACUAACGACGAAGCUACAAAAUCCGUAGASAAGAAGAUUUUCAGCAAGCCAUUUAUGUUAAUACAAGUAAAAUACGAGCCUGCUACUGGCGGURAACCAAUGUUUAUUCAUUCUGUCUURGUCGGUGUUAACCCAGUAACUGYAUUUCUAGAAGAUAAACUCGUCUAUGAUUUGUUGAACUUGGCAGAAUCUUUCCUUCCGCCAUUGAAACARUGCAGUACUACGAAAGACCUAAGYCCAUUUGAAACAGCUUCCAUAAURYUCGCUGCUAACUCCGUUCUUCAACCGUUGGUYAUUGGUGAGUUUACCAUCGARCCAGCAACCAUACACUUAACACUUCACGCGUCAAUCAAACUCUUCGUUGCYAUGGACGACACGCCGUUGAAUCUUGCUUCGUACCAUGUUCGGCCAGUGUUCGCYGAUGGYUCGUCGUUUGCUCGGAAUGUUUUUUACCAUUACAUAUCGUCGGUAUUYUUCAAGAUUGGUUGGGUAGUUGGUUCUCUCGAUAUUCUCGGYAGUCCAGCUGGGUUGAUAAGAAAUGUUAGUCAAGGWUUUGCCGACUUUUUCUACUUCCCUUACGAUGGUUUAACCCGAGGGCCUAGCGCGUUCGUGUCCGGAAUGUCCCACGGUGUUUCRUCGUUUGUUCGGCACAUCUCGACGGGCGCGCUGACUUCCGUUACAAACCUAGCGUCGAGUAUAUCUAGGAACCUCGAAAAAUUGUCGAUGGAUGAAGGACAUAUUAGAUUACAAGAAGAACAGAGGGCUAGAAGACCAACACGGCUUAUGACUGGUAUUACCCAUGGUCUGGGAGGAUUCGGGCUCAGUCUUCUCGGUGCCGUAGCAGGCGUGGUAGAUCAACCAAUCCAAGGUAUACAGCGUGCYAACGACGUGAAGCAAGCAGCUGCUGGUGUCCUUACAGGGGUGGGGAAAGGACUUGUCGGAGUAGUCACCAAGCCCCUUGGAGGUGCCAUGGAAUUAGUAUCACAAGCUGGCCAAGGMAUUUUACGAGGGACUGGACUUAGUCACAUGCCUUCUCGUCUUCGUCCAGUUGAGGAGAAGAUUGAGUUUGUAUCAAGCAACAGUCACUURAAAUACUCCUGGAAAAUGCUACACUUCAAGACGAAUCAAGAUCUUCUUUUAACUACURACGUUACGGUAGUAACCGUCAGCGGGCAUGAGUACAGUGGGGCGCUACUGCUGACCAGCAGUACACUAUACAUCGCAAAUUCAGCAGUCGACGCUGUACAGCAAACAUUGCAUAUUCAAGACACUGAUUUACAUAAGGACGACAAUGACAACAGAGUCAUAACAGUGACCUCUGUGAUAUCCAACAGUUUUCCUGAUAUCACUAGAGAUAACUUACCUACAGGAGACCCUGAAAGAUUGGAACAGUUYCUUCGCGACGCGCAAGCCUACGCGCGCGUUUCUCGACMCGAUGGUUCAUCGGAAGACAGCCCUGGAACAUCAAUAUUCACGAGCAAAUUUUCACURAUUGUCGACCCAAUUUUAAGGGAAACGAUUUURUCUCGAUUUAGAACUUUAAAGUACAACCUUAUGGUUGAUGCGAUACCAAUAUAAUGUCUCUCCUACCCUCCCACCGUGGUUUAAUACCCGCCACAGGGAGACCACAGAAAUAGGUUUAUAGUGUUUCAAGAAUUCACAAAUUCAAAUAUAAAGAGCAUAUAAAAACUUUCAUAUACAAACUUUCAUGUGAAAUCUAGGUWUGAUAAUAUUUAUUGAUAAAUUCCAGUUAAUAUCUAUAUUAAAAACCAGGGAGUUUCGAUAUGACGUCCUUUUGAAACUUCCGUUUAGUGAUUGGCUUCCAGAUUAAGCCUAUUCAAUGUUUGGCGCCAAACAUUGGCGCGGACGCGUCUAAAUUCCGGCUCUGAAACGCUCUUCGCARCAUGGAUUGGAACUAUCUUUGUAGUCUCGCAGAGUCUGUUUUUCUAACUUAAACUUAAUAAUAUUGUAAUUAAAAUUGUAAUUUUAUCAGA